AUGGAAGACACCACCAUGCUCGAGGGCUCGCAGGGUCUGUUCGAGGAGCUCAAUUUCACGAUAUACCCCAACGGCCUCUCAGAAGAGCGCAUGCGCCAGAUCGAAGAUGCAAUCACAGGCGCUCGCGGAACAAUCGUACCCUUCAACAUAACCAAAGGCCGCAUAGAUAACCUAGAAGAAAUCAGCUACAUCGUCUCGGAGACAGCCGACUUCCCCGACUACUACCGCGCCCUCGAUCUCAUGAUACAUGUCGUCAAGCCAACAUGGAUAGACGCGUCGCUCCAGUCCAACAAGGCCAAGAACCCGCGAACAUACAGUCCCGAUCCCGCACUCUUCAUGAGCGAGGUAGUUAUCUGCUGUGGGGACAUACCGAGCGGUGACAAGGAAGCGAUCGAGGGUGGUGUACUGGCAUUGGGUGGGCAAUUCGCACCGAGCCUCUCGAAAUUUGUAACACAUCUCAUCGCACUGGAUGUGAGCGAACCACGGUGUCAGCUCGCCAUCAGUAAACGGCUGCAGUUGUCCAUCGUGUUGCCCCACUGGUUCGGCGACUGCCUCAAAGUUGGCCGUAGAAUAUCAGAGCGACCGUAUACACUUCCCGACCCCGAGAUCCUCGCCGAUAUGGAGCCAGGCGCCAUUCCUCCUACACGAGUGAGCCAGCACAUUCGAGACGCAGCCACACCAGACCCUCAAAACGACCCCGUACCGCCGCCGCCUCACCUAGAGGCACCCCGCGCGAUCAAAGCCUUCGAUGGGAAGCGUGUCAAGCUUGGCGAGGAUCUGAACAUCAGCACCAAGCUCAGGAAUAUUAUAACGGGCAUGAUCAAGGCUGGAGGCGGCACUGUUACCUCGAAGAUCGAUGAUGCAGACAUGUAUGUUUGCAAUUAUCGAGAAGGUUCAGACUAUGUCAAGGCAUCGCAAGCGCGAAAAGACGUCGGAAACCUAGGCUGGUUAUACUACCUCAUCACACACGGUAUCUGGACAAACCCAAUGCAGCGCAUGAUGCACUACCCGCGGCCACGGGAAGGCAUUCCGGGGUUCAACAAGUACAAAGUCAGCAUAUCGAGCUACACUGGCGAGGCCCGCAUAUACCUGGAAAACCUGAUCAAGGCUACUGGUGCCGAGUUCACAAAGACCUUCAAGCAGGACAACACACAUCUUAUUGCUGCGCACAAGAACAGCGAGAAGUGCGAGGCCGCGGCGGAGUGGGGCGUCAACAUUGUCAAUCAUCUGUGGCUGGAAGACAGCUACGCAAAAUGCAGGGAAAUGCCGCUGACUGAGGGCCGUUACACAUACUUCCCAGCCCGGACCAACCUUGGAGAGGUGUUGGGUCAGACAGAAAUCGAUCGUGAGGCUACUGAGAAGAUCUUCUUCUCAAAACAAGCCAAGCCCACAAAAGCCGUCAAAGUAGCACCGCAGACAAAGGACGUCCCAGCAUCGAGCGUACCAGCACGGCAAAGCGAGCCUCCAGCACCUCGCAGUCCGCCUGCUGAGAAAUCAAAGCGGGCGAAAUCCGGAGGCAAUGCACAAACACCGCUGCCACCUCGGCGUACCGAUGGCAAAGAGAACCAGACGCCUGGCAGUCGGGGAGCCAAAGACCGCGCAUUGGCAAAAAUGCACGACGCUGCGCCAGACAUUGCACAGUUCGAGAAGGAGAUGAAGCGCAAGGGUGGUGUCAUUCACGGUGGACGGCGACGGGCAGAAGAUGAGAUCGACGAGGGAACGAAGCAAGCAAAGGGCGGCCGUGAAUCUGUCUCAAGCAAACGCUCCAUCGAUGAAGUCGACGAUGAUGACGAGACAGAAGACGAAGCCACAGAGAUCCCAGCAAAGAACAAGCGAGCAAAGAAGGAGAAGCUUGCGCCCAUCAAGUUCCGCAUGCUGAUCUCCAAGGACGAGCGAUGGGCCAACAACCCCGAGAAGGAAUCAAAAGACAAAGCCCGCCUUCGAGAGCUCGGCCUCUUCAUCACUGACGACUUCAAGAAGGUAGACCUAGUCUGCGCCCCCCAACCCGUCCGAACGAAGAAGUUCAUCGCAGCCCUAGCCUGCGCCCCCACCCUCGUAUCAACCAGCUACCUCGACUUCGCGCUCAAAAACAACAAGCUCCCCCCGGCAGAAAAGCACCUCCUUCAAGCUAGAGACUUCGAAGAGGCCAACAACUUCCGGCUCUCCGAAGCCCUCUCCCGCGCCAAGCAGAAUAAGCAGCGCCUCCUCAAAGGCUGGACAGUAUUCUGCACAGAGAAAGUUGGCGGCGGCUUCGAAACCUACAAAGACAUUGUCGAAGUCAACGGCGGGAAAUGCGUGCUUUGGAAGGGCAGGCCAACGGGCGUCUCCGCUUCAAAACGUAAACUCGACACCUCUGACAAGGAGGUCAGUCAGAACCAGGUUGAAGACGAAGGAGACGUGCUGUACCUCAUCUCCGACGCCGAUAAGAAGGAGUUUACCAACUGGACUAAAUUCCGCGAGUUGGCUAAGCGCGAGAACAUGAUUCCGCGCAUUGUCAAGACGGAGUGGCUGCUUUCUGUCGCGAUGACGCAGUAUGUGCAUUGGGACCCGGAGUGGGAGUUGAGUGAAGAGGUUGUUAAUGCUGCGAAGAAGUAG